AUGCACACAGGAACCUUACUCCAGCAGGGCAGCUUUCAAGAGCUGCAAAAUUUUACUGUACUUCCCAGAAUCAAAAUUGCACAAAAGGGAUCCAAAAUUAGACCCAGUCUGCCCAGUAUUAGACAGUUGUUACAGGACAUCCACCUGCGUCACGUAGAUUUCAAAUAUCCUAAUCCAGACUUAUUACAUGGUAAGUCAUCGCGACAUAUCGCACAAACGCCUGAACUUCCCUCUGGGGGACGCGUGAUUUCGGAACAUCUGGCUAGUGGUACAGAAACUCCUUCUCACGAUUUUGACAGCAGCUAUACAACAAUAUCUGAGAUAUCUCAGCGUCGUUUGGCAAAUAUUGGCGGCGGGAACACGCGGCUCGUGCAGUUCCACCAGCAUCGAUCAACACCUCGGCCGCUAGGUUCGGGAAAAAUCCUGAAACCAAGCGGUGAUUUGUUGAAACUGGCUUAUGCCGUGGAAGCAUCCACAAAAGCUGGUCGACAUACGAUCACAAGUAAUCGGGCAGUCGACAGUAUCAUACAUUUCAAUGGGGAUUACCAAUUGAAAAUUGCAGAAAUUUUAGAAAGUUUGCAAAUCAUGUACAAGAAUUUUCAGGAGUGGCCAUUGUCAUUGCAUAGCCAGGAUGUUGCUGCAACAGAUAGCAUGUGUCUUUUGAUCGACUACAUAUCGGCCGAUAGUCUGGAGCUAACUCUCAAAAUGGCAAAGCGCGCAUACGACUCUUUGAAAAUGCUUGAACAGUGGAAAAGAAAGUAUAAGAAGCUACAUCUUCGAUUGCCAUUAAAUCCAGCAGAGAAAUUGCCGCAGCAAAAAAGAUCAAGUAACCUCUCAGACCUUUCUGAAAGCCAUGGUACCUUGCCUAAACUCAAUCCUAUGGUAGAUGCCAUACCUGAGGGUCGCAAAGACUAUCGUACGAGUGAUGAUUCCUCGGCAAGGGACCACCAACGCAUGUACGACCAAAGUGGCACAGGGGUCAGUACGCUCUCGCAAUCAUCGCUACCUGAAGGUGGUAUUAAAAAAAUAGGAGUGCAAUGUGCACAUUGUCAUUCCGCGAAAACGCCCGAAUGGAGAAAAGGGCCCCACGGAAAAAGAAGUCUCUGCAACGCGUGUGGCUUGUUUUACAAAAAGCUGGUCAGAAAAUUUGGCGAUGAGCGAGCAGCGAUGAUAUUGAAGUAUAGGAAAAAGAUCUCCAGCGCCGAUAGAAAAGUUCCCAAACUGUUUGAUGUACCGGUGACUGGGCUUUGA